AUGGACAGCGGUGAUGGUGUAACGCACACAGUUCCCAUUUACGAGGGUUACGCUCUUCCCCAUGCUAUCAUUCGUCUCGACUUGGCCGGCAGGGACUUGACCGACUACCUGAUGAAGAUUCUGACCGAACGUGGCUACUCCUUCACUACCACUGCCGAGCGUGAGAUAGUGCGUGACAUCAAAGAAAAGCUGUGCUAUGUUGCCUUGGACUUCGAACAAGAAAUGCAAACUGCCGCAACAAGUUCCAGUUUGGAGAAGAGCUACGAGCUUCCUGAUGGACAGGUCAUCACCAUUGGAAACGAGAGAUUCAGAUGUCCUGAAGCCAUGUUCCAGCCUUCCUUCCUUGGAAUGGAAUCUGCAGGCAUCCACGAGACAACGUACAACUCGAUCAUGAAGUGUGAUGUGGACAUCCGUAAGGAUCUGUACGCUAACACAGUUUUGUCCGGUGGCUCCACCAUGUUCCCUGGAAUCGCUGACAGAAUGCAGAAGGAAAUAACUGCUCUGGCCCCACCCACAAUGAAGAUCAAGAUCAUUGCUCCUCCUGAGCGUAAAUACUCUGUAUGGAUUGGAGGAUCGAUCUUGGCUUCGCUGUCCACCUUCCAACAGAUGUGGAUCUCCAAACAAGAAUAUGAUGAAUCUGGUCCAUCAAUUGUUCAUCGUAAAUGCUUCUAA